AUGCCUCCCAAAAGGAAGCAUUCCAGCGAAGCAGAUACGCAUGACAAUGCGGCGCGCAGCAAGCGUUUUGCGUACUUGAAGCCUCAAGUUCGGCAGGUUUCCGAGCGUACGAUCAAGUCCAAAUGGACGACUCUGCCUGAGCCCGUGCAAGACAAGAUCCGCGAUAUGUUUCGAUCGCUUGAGCGCCCGGUCAUUGUGCGGCAUCAGAAUGAGCGCAAGCGCAUCGAAGCACAGGCGGCGGUUCAGGCCGUUGUCAGGAAUCUCGGGAAAAGGCUCCCUCGAAUGCCGUUCCCACCAGUCGCCAAGGAUUCUGUUUUUGAGUAUGAGGCUGCGCUUGACGAGCAUGUUUCUCUGGAGUCCAGCUUAGCUACUGUGACGGACAGUAUUGACCUCUUGAAAGCGGAGAUUGAAAGAGAAGAGGCUCUGCUAGCGAGCGAAACCAAGCAACUACAGGAGAUGGAGAAAAAUGCAACCCGUGCAGAGGCAGAGCGAAAACGACAGAUGAAGAACGCCCAUCCGGUACUCCGGCGACUCGAUGAAGCUUCUAAGAUACAGGGCCAAGGCCAAUCAGCAUUCACAAUUUCCGAAGCAAAAGAUUCGCAGUCAUCUUUCGAUGAGCUGGAGGAUGAUCCGGAAGUUCUAGAUCUAUUGGGUCAGUUGAAUGACCAUUUGAGGUCAAUGCAAAACAAUACUGCCCCCUUGGCUGGGUUGAAGGAUGCGAUCAUACGAUCGGAGGCAGCCUUGGAUCUAUUCUCUCCAUCGGAGACGGUCUGA